CUCACUCACUCUUUAUCACCGCCUUUCAGAUCUUUAAAAGCCGGUGCUUUGCUGUGUCUCUCUCGAUCUCCAUUUGUCUCCUCUGGCACUGCAGGGGACUCAACCGGCAAAGCACCAAGGAGAGCUACUGUAUAGAAAACGGGAGAGAGACUGAGGAAAAAGAAGAGAGAAAUAUAUACAUCCAGAAAUAGCAUCAGCCACAUUUAACUGACAGAGAGAGUGACAGAGGGGCGAACCUGAGACCUGGACACAAAAUGCCUAUCCUUUCUAACUUAACAACCGUUGCUUUGUUGCUGAUUGCUCACUGCGGAUCCUGGACCGGGGCGAACCGCUUGGGCCCCUUCAAGGUCUGUCCCUCCUGCAAAGAUCCACUGGGGGCAGGCCGGCCCCCCAGGGACCAUAACGCUGCUGGCAGCACGUUAGUGUUGGCCCAGGGAGAGCCCUGUGGUGUGUACACUCUGAGCUGUGCCAAGGGGCUCCGCUGUGUCCCCCCGCCGAGGGAGCACAGCCCCCUGCAGGCUCUGUUGCAGGGAAGGGGCAUUUGCGCCAAGCACAGCAGGACAAGUCCCACCGAGAGGCCCCACCCCACAGGUCCCCAUCCCUCACACAGUGGUGACAUUGAAAGAGCACCCUGCCGCAAGCUGCUUAAUAGUGUCCUGAGGGGUCUCGAGCUGACAAUCUUCCAGUCUGACCGUGACAUCUAUAUACCCAACUGUGACACCCGUGGCUUCUACAGGAAAAAGCAGUGCCGCUCCUCCAAGGGCAUGCAGCGUGGCCACUGCUGGUGCGUGGACGAGCUUGGCACGCCCGUGCCCUCACGUGCCAGUGAAGAUGGUACAAUACCGUGUGAUGGGGAGUGAGGGAUGAGGUUGUCCCUAUUGCUCUGAGCCAGGAGGAAGAGGAGGAAGAGGAGGAGGUUGGUGGUGGAGGAGCAGGAGCACAGGGAGAGGGGGGGUGGCUUUAGCAUGUGCUAGACACUGCCUGGACAGGAGGUAGCAGGGAUAAAACCACUUCCUAUGGAAAACACACACCGGUUUAAUGUCCUCUCUAGAAGCAAGACACACACACUCUCACAGUCCAGCAGCAGUAACAGCAACAUCUGCCUGAAUGUUCAACAGUUGCAGCAGCGUCCUCUGCGUCGUCUGGUGACACGCUGCAUGCUCACAUUAACGCUCCGUGAACUGCCUCAGUGAUCCAAAUGAUCUCUAUAUUCCCUGGCUCUUGUCCUGGCUUUCUGGUAGAUUUCUUUUUUUUUUUUUUUUUUUUACUUUCGACUUUAGGAUAGCUGACACUGCCUGUGUUUGUUCUGAUCUCAGUGGGCUGAAAUACUGUUACGCAGGUGAUGUGACACAAACGUUCAAAAGAGAAAAGAAAAAAAAGUGUCUCCCUCACCGUCCUCUCUCCCUCUCUCCAAAGAUACACUGAUAUCAACAUACCUAAUUGACAGAAUAUUUUUCUUUUCUAUUAAUUUAUUUGUUUUGAGUCUGUAUUUCCAUCCAGUACUGCUUGAAUCUUACAGUAUCUUAUAUAUGUGUCGAGUCAGAAAAAAAAAUAGUCAAACGAAUAUGAUCCUGGAUGCUUCUGUUCAUUUUUUUUUUUUUUUGUCCAAAUGGCGUUCUGACUGCUUAUUUAGUUGUUUGUUUGUACAUAUGUUUGAAUUUUUGUGGUCGACUGUGUGUUCUGAAGUGGCAGACUAAAAAGCUUACGGCUGUUACCCUUUUCAAAAAGUUGUAAGGCAUAUUUUUAUACACGUCAAUAUAAUAUUUUAUAUAUGAAUUGUUGGUUUAUUUAAUGAACUACAGUACAAUGCCAUGUAUUUUUAUAUUGUCAGCAGUUUUCUUAUUUAAAGACAGAGAUUAUUUUAUUUCAUGUUAGGGGAAGUGUUGUGCUUUAAAGGCACCUUUAUGGCAAAACUCAUCACAUUCAUCAGAGCUCUAUUCAACUGCUGCACAUUUUAUGGUUAUAUCUCAUGUUUUUAAUUUCCUCUUUUUUAUUUAUGCUUUGUUUAUUUGAGAAUGUUUUUAUUUUAUUUUUUUAUUUUGGCACAUCAUACUUUUCAAUUCUGAUUUCAACAGAGGACAAAAAAAAAGAUCAAAUUUGUUAUUGUUCCAGUCUGUCUUUCCCGAGUCCUUGCAAAAAGUCAUGAAAUUGUGUGAUAUUAAAAGUGUGAUUAGAAUUUAUCUAUUUCUGAACAAUCUUGUCGUGCCAAUGUGUGUGCCGUGAUGAAAGGUCCGUGCACAGAGGACCUGUAAGAUUUACAAAUAUGAAAAAUAAAAACGUGAUGAAAAAUCAAAGUGGAGAAGAAUAAAACAUAUAUUAAUAUAACAA